AUGUCUUACCAAGAGCAGCAGUGCAAGCAGCCCUGCCAGCCUCCUCCUGAGUGCCCACCCACAAAGUGCCCAGAGCCUUGUCCUCCCCCAAAGUGCCCUGAUCCUUGUCCUCCUCCAAAGUGCCCUGAGCCUUCUCCUCCUCCAAAGUGCCCUGAGCCAUACCCUUCUCAGCCAUGCCAACAGAAAUGCCCUCCUGUACAACCUCCUUCAUCCUGCCAGCAGAAGUGCCCACAGAAGAACAUAGACACUUCUGUCUUUGCUUCAAAGCCUGCCAUGGAUGCAGAAGCAUCAUCUCCAGCCUUCACCCUCCAUGUGACUGUGAUGACCCCUGAUAGGAAGAGCAUUCUCCUGAGAUUGUUCUGCUUCUGCUAUAAGGAGAGGCUGAGAAUGGUCCUUGCUCACUUGUUCAGUGUCCCAGAUGCUCAGUGA